CGAGCAAUCGCCAAGGACGAUGAUCUCAUGCGGACAGUUCGUGGUUGUGUUCAACCUCGGGGUAAUAUCUCACAACAUGGCGUGACGCUCUUUACUUCAUCCUAUGCAGUGUGCAUCUGAAGAGAGCAUCAUCAAUCAAAGCACGCCUUAAACUCUCGUUGACUCAGCUUCGCAGUAUAGCAAUGGCGGCCUUUGUAUACAACAGCCAGCUGGAUGCGUUUGCUCUGUACCACCAGAUCCAGGCAGAGUCUCCCACCAAGAAGCUAGGGGGUCCUGAUCUCCCUGCACUCGGCCAUGCUCUCUCGGGAGCCACAGCAACCGCUGUCGCGAACGUUCUAAUAUAUCCCCUUGAACUUGUCAUCACGCGCCUUAAAGUCCAGAACCAGCCAGACAAGACCCAGGGAUCUGAAGAGAAGACAUAUGACGGUAUACUAGAUGCUGUGCAGAAGAUAUAUACAGAAGACGGGGGCCUUUCGGCUUUCUACAGUGGAUGUCUAUACGACACAGGAAAGAGCAUCGCCGAUUCUUUUCUCUUCUUCCUUGCAUAUAACUUCCUACGCACGCGCCGCCAGAAUGCUCACAAAGACCUGAAAUCUCUACCUGUCAGUGAGGAACUCAUGGUCGGAAUGGCAGCGGGAGCGUUCGGGAAGUUCUUCACAACACCAAUUCAGCAGGUCGUCACUCGGAAACAGACCGCUGCGCCAGGUUCAAAAGCAUCUCUAGCCCAGAUCAUAUCGAAAACCAAAGCCGAAAAGGGCAUCGCAGGAUUUUGGUCGGGCUACUCUGCGACGCUUAUAUUAACGCUCAAUCCAUCAUUGACAUUUCUGUUCCAUGAACUGUUUCUGAAAAUGACAGUACCGAGGUCGAAACGGGAAAAUCCAGGUCCUUGGCUGACCUUUCUGCUCGCUGCUGCGAGCAAAAGUCUUGCAUCUACAAUUACAUACCCCUUCUCGCUGGCUAAAACACGGGCGCAAGUCUCGCCUGUAGCAACAGAGAAGCUGCAAGACACCAAAGGACAUGAAAAAGUCACAGAAAAGCUGAGCAAAGUCGCCGCGCACCAAUUGACCCUUUUCAGCUCCCUUGUCCGAAUUGCACACGAGGAUGGGAUCCUUGCGCUAUAUCAGGGAGUAGGAGGGGAAGUACUAAAAGGGUUCUUCUCUCAUGGUCUGACCAUGCUCAUGAAGGAACGCAUACAUCUCGCAAUCAUACAGCUGUACUAUCUGAUUCUAAAGGCAUUGAAGAAAUAUCCCACCCCAGAACAAAUGGCUGAAUCGGCGAAAGAAGGUGCUCAAGCUGCUGCAACGAAGGGUCAAGAAAUACUCCAGCAAGCGUCAGAGUCGACGCAGGAAGCGCUUUCGAAAGGGAAAAAAGAAGUCGAGAAUUUGUAUGUUGAGAGCAAGGAGACUACGAAGAGUCUUUUGUGGGGCGUUGUUGAUGACGAUGAAUAAUAAAAUGGACAGGGAUGGCUAAGGGAUAAUAUUGGGUGUUCGGGAGUUAAAGAAAUGUGAUGGGAAGCUUCAUGCGACAAAUUCGCAGAUAUUUCGUUUGAGAUACCAAAAUGCAACCAUUUGAGAUUCAAUAAAUAUGUUGCCUAU